AUGUCUCAACGGAUUGUUGUGAUGUCCCUGGAAUCCCUGGAUGUAGUGAGCACUUGUGUGACCCACCGCAUCCGGACCCGAGGUCGUGGAUGCAGUUGUCAGCUUUUUAGUGGCCACCCGGCACCGGACAGACAUGUUCUUUACACCUUCAUCCUGUUGCUGCAGACGCAGUGGAGAGGGUUUCAGGCAGCGCAAAGGUUGGAGGGCAAGGAGUUUACUGACGAAGACUUCCAAGACUGGCCUGGAGCGGAGACAGCAUUUUUCAUAGUGGACCACAUCUUCAAUGCGAUCUUUGUCCUGGAGAUUGCAUGGCGUCUUUACAUGCACAAACUGAAAUUCCUGUGCGACAUCUUCGGCGUCUUUGACGUGCUCGUAGUGAUAGCAACCAGCAUCGACGUAUACGUCUUGCAACCGUUUGACGCUGGCUAUGCCCAGAACUUUGCUGUGGGUCGUCUUACACGAAUCUUCCGCCUUAUGAGGAUCUUCAGGGUACUCCGUGUGAUGCGCUUCGCCAAGAAUCUGCAACAGUUGCGGUUGCUUGGCGAUGUCCUUUCCAAAUGCCUAAGCCCCUUGAUGUGGGCAUUGCUCGUUUUGGGCAUCAUCAUGGUGGGAACCGGAGUUUUGAUGUCCCAGCUUCUCUUGGAAUAUGUUCUGGAUACCACCCAAGAUUUGGAAAAGCGCCAGUGGGUCUACGAAUAUUAUGGCACUGCUUUGAAAGCGACUUAUUCCGUCUUUGAAGCGACCUUCAGUGGCUCCUGGCCGUUGCUGGCCCGGAAUUUGAUUCGAGAUGUUUCUGAGUGGUACUGCAUUUUCUGGAUUGCGUACCAGGUUGUUAUUGGCUUCGCUGUGAUGCGGGUCAUCGGCGCACUCUUCUUGAAUGAGACGAUUCGAGCAGCCAACUCCGACGGAGAAGCUGAAGUCCUUCGGAAGAUGAAGGAGAAAGAGGCCUUCAGCCAAAAGGUCUAUCAGUUCUUCACUGCUGCUGAUGCUUCCGGGGAUGGGCGCCUGUCCUACGAAGAAUUGGAAACAGCUCUUCAGGAGCCUGGCGUGGAAGCCUGGUUAAAGGCCUUGGAGUUGGAAAUUCAUGAAGCUUACACUCUCUUCAACUUGCUGGAUGAUGAUCGAGAUGGUGAAGUUUCCUAUGAAGAGUUCCUUCAUAGCGCUUUGCGGCUCAAGGGUAAUGCCAGGGCUAUCGACUCCAUCAUGAUCAUGCAUGAGCAGGCAAAGAUUGGGGAUGAGAUCAAGAAGCUGCGCAACAUGGUUGUGAACUCAUUCGCUGAAGCUUCAAAGAUCCGGGAACGGAUCCAGACAGCUGCGGAAUCCCAGAUUGUGGCGAACCCGUUCGCGCACAGCACUGAAAGGAGAGGCUCUCCCUUCGGAGAUUUGCUGCUUUCACCGUCAGCAACGAAGGCAAAGUUGGCUCAGCGAAGGGCCUCGGAAGCGCACAUUCGCAAACCCAUGGAAUUGACCUGA